AGUAGAAUUCCGAUCUGGACUGUGGGUGGGCGGCUGAUUGCUUCUGCCUGAUGACGUAUUUUUUACCGCGCCAGUUGUGUUUUUCUGGCGCCGCGGUUGGUGUGCCAUGGCGCCGGUAAGGCAUGCAGCAGCCGGGCAGACAGGGAGCUUUGCGACGCGUGGCGAAGGAGUUUCACUGGUCGGAUUCAGAAAUAAGAAUGUGAAACGGAGGACGUGGCGACCUAAUCAUCCGCAGGCCUUCGCGGGGAGCGUUCGCGAGGGACAAGGCUUUGCAUUUCGAAGAAAACUAAAAAUUCAGCAAAAUUACAAGAAAUUGAUAUGGAGGGAAAAGAAGGCUAAAACCUCACGGGAAUCCCAGUUCACAGAUCGGUACCCUGAUCAUCUGAAACAUCUCUAUUUAGCUGAAGAGGAAAGACUCAGGAAGCAGCUUAGAAAAGCUGACCAGUCUUUGUUAGAACAAGUUGACCAGCCUCUGUCAGAAGAACAAGUUGAUCAGCCUUUGCCAGAAGAGCAGUGUAGCAUUGACCAGGCUUUGUCUGAAGAACAUUGUAGCAUUGAGCAGCCUCAUCCAGAAGAACAAUGUAGCAUAAGAAUAAAUUCCAUUACUAUUCCAAAGAAAAAUAAAAAGAAAACAUCAAAUCAGAAAGCACAGGAAGAGUAUGAGCAGAUACAAGCUAAGCGUGCUGCUAAGAGACAAGAAUUUGAGAGGAGAAAACAAGAGAGAGAAGAAGCUCAAAGGCUCUACAAAAAGAAGAAAAUGGAAGUGUUCAAAAUAUUGAGCAAAAAGACUAAAAAGGGGCAACCAAACUUGAAUUUACAAAUGGAGUAUCUUCUAAAAAAAAUACAAGAAAAAAAUUAGGAUGAAGGGGAAACAUGUGACUCUAGCAAUAACUGAGGAAAGCAUGCCCGGGACCGAUCUUCAGAACCCAUUUCAGAUCAUCUUGAUUUAAUACGGUUUAUAGAUGGAUUUUAUUUUAGAAAUUACAAAGCCCUCCUCUUUUGUUGUAUCUGCUGAAAAUGCAGCCAUUAAGGGGCCCCAUUUCAUAAUAUUUGAUCUUCCCAGGUAGCAGAAUUAAUAGCUCUCACUGAAGCCUUUAUUGUGGCAAAAGACAAAAGAUAUGCUUUUAGAAUUGCUCAUGAUUUUGAAAUGUCAUGAAACCUAAAGGAUUUGUGACUUCUUCAGAUAUUUUGACUAACUGUGGGAACAAUAUCAAUGAUUUAGUAGAAGCUAUUCAAAACUCACAAAGAAAAAAUGGUUAUUAAAUAGAAGCACAUAGGCAGACCCAAAGCCAACGGCAAUGUCCUUGCAGGGCUACAUGCUAAAUGAGCAGCUUUUACCACCCCAGCUGUAUGAGAUGCUUCUCUCCCCACCAAGAUGACGUCCUUCCCCAUCAAACCUUCGGAUGGAUAACUGCUCAAUUUAAGCCAGCUACAGUUGACUCACAGCAAUCAGACCAACCUUCUGAAAAACAGAAUUGUCCAUCACAGGGAUGGAGGCUAGAAGUCUGACAUCAAGGUGCUGGAAGAGCCAUGCUCCCUGGGAAGGCACUAGGGAAAGAUCUGCUUCACGUCUCUCUUCUAGCUCUGGCUCCUUGGCAUGUAUUAGCAAACUCUAGUCUUCACGUGGUGUCCUACCUGUGUGCAUGCCUUUGUUUCCAAAUUUCCCUUACGAUAAAGACACCAGUUGUAUUAGGACUCACCCUAAUUACUCUAUUUUCACAUGAUUACCUCUGUAAAGACCUUACCUCCAAAUAAGGUCACAUUCUGAGGUCCUGGUAGUUAGGACUCCAAUAUAUCCUUUUUGGGGGAUACAAUUCAGUCCAUAACACAUAUCAACUUGAAAAUGCUUUUCGACAUUACUGAAUACCAUUUCUGUUCUUAUUAUGGGCUCAUGUUUCACAGUGCAAGCAAACUGCCAACCAAGCUACCAACUACCAAAUCAGUGGAUUUCUACUCACAUGAGACCUUAAACUGAGGCUGAGUCAAAAAAGUCUCCAGAAGCAGACAAGAAGCAGUCACUUUGCCCAAGAACUGUGAAUCAAGUAGAUGACAGUGGAUGUAUAGCCCAUGCCUGAAACUGACAAAAUAAGACAGCUGAAUGAAUUUCUUUAAAACAGUCAUUCUCUUUUUGUUAA